CUAUUAAAAGUUGUUUCUUUAUUAUCUCAUUUUCGUUCUCUAUUCUAUGAAAUGAUUGCAAUAUAUAAGUUGUGAACAAAAGCUUCAAUAAUAACAACAAUCAUGGAGUUUCAUGAUCACUUUUCUCAAGAAUUAGGUCUACAACAACAACAACAACAACACAACGUCGAUGACGACGUUUCGGAUCAAUCGAUGAAUUUCUCCGUAAAGCUAAGUCAACAAUAUAGGGACGAGGUCAAUAACAACGAGCACAACAACAACAACAACAAUAGUAACGUUUGGGAUCAGAGUGAAAAAUACAAAGCGGAUAUUUUAAACCAUCAUUUAUCGGAACAACUUCUUUCUGCACACGUGGCUUGCCUGAGAAUCGCGACUCCGGUGGACCAGUUACCGAGGAUCGACGAGCAGUUGACGGAGUCACAGAAUUUGGUGGCAAAGUACUAUGUUGUUGGUCAAAGUCAACGGUCUCUUGAUGAUAAAGAACUUGAUCAAUUUAUGGCAAAUUAUGUUCUAUUGCUCUCUUCUUUUAAAGAGCAACUACAACAACAUGUUCGUGUCCAUGCAAUGGAAGCUGUCAUGGCUUGUUGGGAUCUUGAUCAAUCUCUACAAACUUUAACAGGGGUAGCAUCAGGAGAAGGUACAGGUGCAACCAUGUCAGAUGAUGAUGAAGAUAAUCAAGUAGAAAGUGAGACAUAUUGUCAUUAUAAUGGAAUUUUAGAUGGACAAGAUAGUAAUGGUUUUGGUCCUCUUGUACCUACUGAAAAUGAAAGAUUUUUAAUGGAACGUGUGAGGCAAGAAUUGAAACAAGAGUUCAAACAGGAUUACAAGGGGAAGAUUGUUGACAUUAGAGAAGAAAUUUUAAGAAAAAGAAGAGCAGGAAAGCUGCCUGGUGACACUACUUCUGCCUUAAAAGCUUGGUGGAAAUCACAUUCUAAGUGGCCUUAUCCCACAGAGGAAGAUAAAGCAAAAUUAGUGAAAGAUACAGGAUUGCAAUUAAAACAAGUCAAUAAUUGGUUCAUUAACCAAAGGAAACGAAAUUGGCACUCUACUCCAUCAUCAUCUUCUGCUCAAAAAAGCAAACGCAAAAGUGCAGGUGAAAAAUCUAGAAAUGAUCAUUUUACAUGACAGGAGAAUUGAGAAUAUCAUGCAUGAAGGGAAAAGAAUAUGUUUGAUAGGAGGAAAGUCAUUUUAUAUUAUGUAAAAUACUUUUAAUGAUUUUUAGCUUAUAAGUUGUGGAUGCACGUUCAUUUAAUGUCUCAAAUUUAGAUAUAUAUAUCGCAAAAGAUUAACUUUUAAGUGUUAGAUUUUCAAUUAAAAGGGUUGCUGUUUUGAUGUGCUA